GUUUUAGUGCCAGCGCACUUUGGUCCCACUCAUGUAAACAUAAAUGUUUAUCGCAUAAAAUAUAUUUGCUAGCAAACUAUAAUUUAGCAAAGCAUUAAACUCAAGAUGGAAAUGGUAGAUCCAGAUGCUCACUUGGUGGCCCUCAAAGUUAUGCGCCUGAUGCGUCCCACUUUAGUGGGACUUGGGCCAGUGGUUACAUGCGAGCCCACGGAUUUGGUGCAGCGCUUAAGCCAUGCGCAGGAGCGACUAGAGGCCAAUGUGGGUGACGGAAUGGCCGGGGAAACCCUGGCAGCGGGUCAAGUCCUGUUGCUACCGCAAUCGUUUGGCAGCAUAUAUUUGGGCGAAACGUUUGCAAGCUACAUUUGCGUGCACAAUACCACUGCGAAUCCGGUGGAGUGUGUAACCGUUAAAGCUGACCUCCAGUCGAACAGCUCACGCAUUAAUUUGUCCAUGCAGGAGCACGCCAAGAGCCCAGUUGUAUUGGCACCUGGCGGCACCAUCGACGAUGUUAUCCGAUACGAGGUAAAGGAAAUCGGCACUCACAUUCUUGUUUGCGAAGUAAAUUAUUUGACGCCCGCUGGCUAUGCCCAGUCCCUGCGAAAGUUUUUCAAGUUUCAAGUUCUGAAGCCGCUCGAUGUGAAGACCAAGUUUUAUAAUGCCGAAAUAGACGAAAUAUACUUGGAGGCCCAGAUUCAGAACGUGACCACCAGCCCCUUCUGUUUGGAAAAAGUAGAAUUGGACAGUUCCGAAGACUAUUCUGUGACGCCCCUCAAUACACUACCCAAUGGCGAGUCUGUGUUCACGGUAAAGCACAUGCUCCAGCCCAACAACAGCUGCCAGUUUCUGUAUUGUAUCAAGCCAAAGGCCGAUAUUGCUAAGAAUAUAGACAGCUUAAGGCAGUUCAACAAUGUUGGCAAACUCGACAUCGUCUGGAGGUCGAAUCUGGGCGAAAAGGGUCGGCUACAAACCAGUCAACUGCAACGUCUACCGUUCGAAUGCAAAACUCUUCGCUUGGAGAUACUGGAUGCCAAGAAUACAGUUAAAAUCGGGACUAUAUUCACCUUUAUUUGUCGCGUAACGAACACCUCGGAACAGCCGAUGAAGUUAAACGUACGUCUAGUAGCCAAGUUUUCGCCCGAUAGCCAAUUUACCGGUUGUGCGGACUUUAUGCUGAAUCAAAUUCAAAGUGGAGAAAGUACCGAGUUCCCUCUAUCCGUUUGUCCGUCCAAGUUGGGUCUCGUAAAAGUGUCGCCAUUGAUAUUGACAAACGUAUUACAAACUGACCAGCAGUUCACCAUUGAUAAUGUUGUUGACGUUUUUGUAGUAAACUCCGAUUACAACAACGACCCCACAACGCAUCAAAACAAGCUGAUUCGGUAUGAAAGUGCUACGAGCUGUCUAAACCAAAAGCAAGUGCAAUUGCAGGUGGUUUAAAAUUGCCUGAUUA